AUGCGGCUCACCAAGCCCCACCCUCCCCGCGCCGCCGCCUCCUCCACGCCGACCCCAAAGCAUGGCCUGAACGCUAACCGCGUUGUGGCCCUGACCCCGUCGGCCUCCAGCCGCAGCGGCGGUCUCCGGGUCUCCGCCGCCUCCGUGGCGGCGGCGCAGCCCACAGCGGCGUCUCCUGCAGCGGCGCUGAGCCGCGUGGACGUGCUGUCGGAGGCGCUCCCGUUCAUCCAGAGGUUCAAGGGCAAGACGGUGGUGAUCAAGUACGGCGGAGCGGCGAUGAAGUCGCCGGAGCUGCAGGCGUCGGUGAUCCGCGACCUGGUCCUGCUGUCCUGCGUCGGCCUCCGCCCCGUGCUCGUCCACGGCGGCGGGCCCGAGAUCAACUCCUGGCUGGCGCGCGUCGGCGUGGAGCCUCAGUUCCGCAAUGGGCUCCGCGUCACGGACGCGGUCACCAUGGAGGUCGUGGAGAUGGAGGUCGUGGAGAUGGUGCUCGCGGGCAAGGUCAACAAGCAGCUCGUGUCCCUCAUCAGCCUCGCGGGGACCACCGCCGUCGGGCUGUGCGGCAAGGACGCGCGCCUCCUCACCGCGCGGCCCUCCCCUGACGCCGCCUCGCUCGGCUUCGUCGGCGAGGUGACGCGCGUGGACCCCGCCGUCCUCCACCCCAUCAUCGCGUCCGGGCACAUCCCCGUCAUCGCCACCGUGGCGGCCGACGAUGCCGGGCAGGCCUACAACAUCAACGCCGACACGGCGGCGGUGGGAGCCGAGAAGCUGCUGCUGCUCACGGACGUGUCCGGCAUACUGGCGGACCGCGACGACCCAGGGAGCCUGGUGAGGGAGGCGGACGUCGCCGGGGUGAGGCGGAUGGUGGCCGAGGGGAAGGUGGGCGGCGGGAUGAUUCCCAAGGUGGAGUGCUGCGUCCGUGCCAUCGCACAGGGGGUGCGCACCGCCAGCAUCAUCGACGGCCGCGUCCCGCACUCGCUGCUGCUCGAGAUCCUCACGGACGAGGGCACCGGCACCAUGAUCACCGGCUAA